AGUGGACUCCUCAGGGAGCCCCCAACCCAACCCAGGCGAGCAUUGGCCUAGGCUACCUGCUGAGGGACCACAUGGAGGGGAAGAAUGGCACCAACUCCACCAGGGCCCUGAAACUUCCAGAUGGGACCAGCGCUGCCUGGUACAUUCUCACCAUCAUUGGCAUCUACGGAGUGAUUUUCCUCUUCCGAUUGGCCAGCAACAUCCUCAGAAAGAAUGAUAAAUCCUUGGAAGAUAUCUACUACUCAAAUUUGACCUCCGAACUCAAAAAGAAAAAUCUCCAAAGCAAGGUGGCCAAAUGCUCUGCACUGACCUUUAGCAACAGAGCUGUCCUGCAGUCCAACCAGGCCAGCCUGGAACCAAAAUGUAAAAACAGUGGGUGCCAAACUGAAAUCCAAGGGAUCCCUUGAAAGUCAAGGCAAACAGACCUCCACAGAAGAGGCCUAACUUUCAUGCAAGGGGGAGAAGCCUCGAGUCUACCUGGAACCUUGAUAGAGGGGUCAAGUCCUUGAGUGGAGCUAGAGGAACAUUACUGGGGCACUUACGCCAAUGGGAGCAUGGCCAAAAGCCAGCGUCCUAUUUCCUUCUCAGGCUUUAUGGCACUUUGAGACGAGACAGCAGAGGCAGUGGCUCCGGUCAUACCCAUCACUGGAAGAGCCUGUGUCCCAGAGAAGGACAUGGAGCAUCUAGUGUCCUCAGAGAAUCUAGGAGAUUCCCGAGGGUGUACGUGAAGGUGGACUCUUGUCAUGGAAAGAAGGCUGAAUUUGGAGUCAGGCACCCUGGAUUAAAGUUAAACUUCCAGAGGAUCACAUGAACUUUGAGCGACUUGUGGCUCUUACCUGGAACAUGUGGCAGUGGGAUAGAUGGUUUCAAAGAGCCAUUCGUUCUAGAGGUUCUCACUAGAAUAUAGAACCAAGGUUGUUAAUAGCAGACGUUAGUCAGAAGUCCUUCAUUUUCACUGAGGGUGUGUGAUCCACUGAAAAAAAGCAUUAGUUUUGGAGGUGGAGGCAUCAAACUCUAGUCUGGGUUUGAUUCUUGACCACUUUGGUGUCUUUCAAACACACCACCUCGCCUCUCUGGAACUUAGCUCCCACCCAGAUAAAAUGAGAAUGAUGAUGUCUGUUUUGCCAAUCUUACAAAGCGGGUAAGAGCUAAUGGCAUCACGCAUCGGAGCAUAUUUUUCCAAGUAAAGUACAUAUGUCAAAUAUAAGCCUUGUGUUCAUAGUGGCGAUGGUGGUUGAUGCUGAUGGUGGCAUUGGUGUCGGUGGUGACGGUCGUGAUGGUUGAUGCCUGUUGGUGUUGUUGGUAGUGGUUGAUGUUGAUGGUGGUGAUGAUGGUGUUGGUGGUGGUUGAUGUUACGGGGGAUGGUGGUGGUUAUACUCUUGUGGAGAAGGAAACAACCAGUCCGCUGGCAAUUAGUCCGUAAACAAUGGCUACAUUACCUUCUAUUAAGAGGAUCCAUCUGCGUAACAGUUGAUGACCUGAACGCUGAGUCAAGUCCAUCAGAUUCAAAUUUUCCAUGUAGGCAAAACAGUUACUUUUGGGUUUUGUCGUUUUAGACAUCACAUGAUGUACUCAAAUGUUUUUAUAAAUACCUGUUACUUAGAGACUUGUCUCUGCCUAAAAAGAAAUAAGACCUUGGGGUGCCUGGGUGGCUCAGUCGGUUGAGUCUCCGACUUCGGCUCAGGUCACGAUCUCACGGUCCGUGAGUUCGAGCCCCGCGUCGGGCUCUGGACUGAUGGCUCAGAGCCUGGAGCCUGCUUCCGAUUCUGUGUCUCCCUCUCUCUCUGCCCCACCCCCGUUCAUGCUCUGUCUCUC